ACAUUGUCACUUAGUAAAGACAAAUUGUGUGAAAAAAUAAACCUACUUCUCGAUUAAUUAAUGUAUAGCUAAAGUCAAAAGCGAAGCAUCUAUCCAAGUUAACUAUUCAAAUACAAUAUCAAAUCCAUUGAACAAUGUUAGUCUGAUUCCGUUUUCAGCGUCCACUUGAUGAUAUUUUACUAAUAAUCUAUGUGGUUCAAUUUGUUAUUAGAGGCAUUUGUGGACCACUAAUUAAUGUCCAACCAAGCUAGCACCACACCCCACAUUCACGUCCUGCAUUUUUCCUUAACAUAACAUAACCGAGGCAACGCACUCUCCAAUGAACAGCAGAAUUGAUUUUUAAAGUGCAUCAGUCAUCACAUCAUAUAAUUAAAAUUAAAAUUAUGUAAAAUAUAAACAUACCCAUACGGCCAUACUUAUCAAUAAUAUAUAAAACCGAAUAAAGUAAAAAGAAUUAUAAAGUAAAGGAAAGUUCUUACUUUCCUACUCAUGGAUGCAAUGCUUGUGCAGAGAAAAGCAAAUUAUGUCUGGGGAGACCAUAAAUUUGUUGUCCCCCCAAAUGUCCUAACUCCUAUAUGUGCUUUUCUUAUAUAUCACUCUCACUCCAUUGAGACACAAAGAAGACACUAACUCAGCAUCUCAAAAUGAGUAUUCACUUCAUCUUCUUGUUUUUGUCACUCUUUUUUUUCCAUGUUUGUGUAGCAACCAAUAUUAGCAACAAACAAGAAUAUUCCAAACAAAAGACAAACCCAUUCAGCCCAAAAGCCUCGCUCAUUCGCUAUUGGAACACAAAAAUCUCCAACAAACUUCCAAUCCCUAAUUUCUUUCUCUCUAAAGUUUCCCCUCUCACACCAUACCAAUAUGCUAACCUCGUAAACCUCCUCAAACAAAAACCCUUCUCUUCAAAAUUCCAUUAUUCCCUCUGCUCCACACCAUACUUAUUAUGCUCCUUCGACCACCCAAACAAACUUCAACAAACAAAAACUACCAAACGAGACGACGCAAACUUCGCCGUUUACUCAAACAAACGCUUCGCGAAUUAUGGCUCAUCUCAACUUGGUGGAGUUGACUCGUUCAAAAACUAUUCAAACGGGUUAAACACAAACAACGACUCGUUCAAACGAUACAGCACAACCUCAACUCGCCACGGUGGGAAUUUCAACAGUUAUGCAGAAAACGGCAAUGUAGCUAACACGAACUUCACCAGCUACGGUUCCGGUUCAACUUCCGGCACCGGCGAGUUCAAAAACUAUGAUAAACUCGUCAACGUCCCUAACCUCGGUUUCACCACCUACGACUCCGCCGCAAAGAAUCAUGAACUCUCUUUCUCAAGCUACGGUAACGAAACAAAUUCUGGCUCUCAAUCGUUCAAUAGCUACGGGAAACGCGUUCGAAGCGGUAACAGCGAUUUCACCAAUUACGCCGUUGAUGCCAACAUUCUUCAAUCAACGUUCACUAGUUACAGUGAAUUGGGAACCGGCGCCGCCAAUGAUUCUUUCAGAUCGUACAGCUUCAACGGUAACAAUCCUCGGAACAAUUUCAAAACAUAUAGCGCUGGCUCCGAUUUCGGUUCCGAUACAUUUAUCAGUUACCGGGAUCGCGCUAACGUCGGCGAUGACUCGUUUCAAAGCUACGGUUCAAAAUCUAAAUCCGGCACUGCUUCGUUUGCAAACUACGGCCAAUCGUUCAACGAAGGAAACGAUACUUUCACUGAAUAUGGAAAGGGAUCGUCCGGUAAAACCGCGUUUGGAUUCAAAACUUACGGGUUGGGACGCGCGUUCAAAGGCUACAACAAAAACGGCGUGUCGUUUUCAGCUUAUAAUAAUUUCAGCGCGUUCAGUGGCAAAAUAGUGAAUAGAUUUGUUGAGCCGGGUAAAUUUUUCAGGGAGUCAAUGCUGAAGGAAGGGAAUGUAAUGAUGAUGCCAGAUAUUAAAGACAAAAUGCCUGCGAGGAUGUUUUUACCCCUGACUAUUUCGUCGAAAUUACCGUUUUCAUCCUCGAGGUUGGGUGAAGUAAAAGAAGCGUUUCACGCGCGGGAGGGUUCGGCGACCGAACGCGUGAUAAUUAACGCGCUGGGAGAGUGCGAGAGGGCUCCGAGUAUGGACGAGACAAAACGGUGCGUUGGAUCUGCUGAGGGUAUGAUUGAGUUUGCGGUUUCUGUAUUGGGUCCCAAUGUGGUUGUGAGAACAACUGAAAGUGUGAAGGGGUCAAAAACGAGUGUGAUGAUUGGAAAAGUCUAUGGAAUAGACGGUGGAAAAGUAACUAAAUCAGUUUCAUGUCAUCAAAGUUUGUACCCUUACUUACUGUAUUAUUGUCACUCUGUCCCCAAAGUAAGAGUUUAUGAAGCUGAUAUUCUUGACGUGGACACAAAGAAAAAAAUUAAUCAAGGAGUUGCCAUCUGUCAUAUUGACACGUCAGCAUGGGGUCCAGAGCAUGGUGCUUUCUCAGCUUUGGGGUCAGGACCUGGAAAAAUUGAGGUGUGUCACUGGAUUUUUGAGAAUGACAUGACGUGGACUACUGCCAUCUGAGGAAGGAAAUCUCUCCUUUUGGUUUAUUAGUUAUGGAACACGUUGUCGUCUUUUUUUUUUUUUAGAGUUUUGGAAUUCUAUUUAUGAUUCUACUCUGUGUCGUGUUGUGGUGGUUUGAAUCUCUGAGUAGGCGUGACUCAUGACUUUUUGAUAUUUUUAAUUUCUUUUGCCUUUGAGAAAUUUAAACGCUUGUGUGAGAUUGAAUAUGUUGAUUUUAGUAUUUAAUAAUAUUUGAUUUAAAAAGA